AUGAAUGCUAAGGUAACGAUGUUGAUUCUUUUGAUCGUGGCGUUUGUCGGACUCUCCAUCGCUGAUGACGACGAUAAACGUUUAUUUCUUAUUCGUGGUCGCCGACCGCGACCUCUGCAACAACUUUUGAGACCUUUGGCAGGCCGGCCACUAAUAGGAGGCGGUUUGGGAGGUUUGGGAGGCCUAGGAGGAGCUAGUGCAGCAGGAGCUGGUAACGGUGCUGUUAUAGGUAAUCAAGCCGUUGGAACAGGCACUGGAAUCGCUAACGCAGGGCCAGGUGGUUUCGGCAUUGGUGUCGGAAUUGGAGUUGGUGUCGCAACUCCUCUGGGAAAUUUCGCGUUCGGGGAUGGCCAAAGUAUUUCCAUCGGUAAAUAA